AGUUGAGUGAUGACCACGAGCAAUACAUGUACAAUCAACGUGCUCGUGUGUAUUGUCUGCUGUUACUGGGUGGUCUACUGAUCCCGAACGCUACCGGUAAUAAAAUUCCCUUCUUCUACCUUCAGUUUUUCAUGGAUAUAGAACAAUGUGCUAGCUAUAGCUGGGGAGGUGCGACUCUUGCCUGCUUGUACCACAAUCUAUGUGAAGCUGCACUUGGUAAGAGGACCGAUGUCGGGGGAGCUCUUACAUUGUUACAGCUGUGGGCUUGGGAAAGAAUCCCAAUUAUUAGACCGCAGAUGCUGAACCCCGCGCCCGUAGACUACUUACCAUGUGCAGUCGCAUGGACUGGUCGGGCCUCUUAUGUAAAAGCACCGGGGCAUUGCAUUGAAACUUUCAGAGAUCAGUUCUCAACAAUGCAUGCCAAUCAGUUUAUUUGGAGGCCGUAUGAAUCGCGAAAUCUGCCGGAUGUUUGUGUUGCCGGUCGUCCUAUAUGGACGUCGAUGACAACACUAAUCUGCUGGAAUAUGGUUGAGCCACACAUGCCACAGCGGGUGUUGCGACAAUUUAGGAUUGUCCAACCUUAUAUCCCGAUUGUCGACCGGUUCCACGGAUCUGAUUUUAUGAAACAGGAUCGACGUGGCAAAGCAGGUCGGAACUGGGUUCAGUGGCACGCCAAUCAUAUACAAGAUUGA